AUGAUGAAGCAAAUUUUACUUUUAAAAAGUUGUGUAAAUUUUUCAAAUUUAAGGUAUUUGAAAAAAAAUGUAGUGAAUGAAUAUAAAGAUAAAAUUUUUAUUAGAAAGUUGCAAACUUCUAUCCUAUUAUCUGGUUCAGUAUCUCACAAAUGGAGUCCAAUAAUAUCUGAAAUAGAUGAUUCAUCAGAUUCUUUUAUUAAAAAUAAAAAAGAUAUGGAAGAGGUUGUAGAAGACCUUAAAAAGACAGUUAGUAAACAUGUUAACGGAGGUGAUCCAAAAGCAAUUGAAAAACACAAAAAAAGAGGAAAAUUAUUGGCUAGAGAGCGUAUUGAAUAUCUCUUAGAUUCAGGAUCUUCAUUCCUAGAAAUUGGACAAAUUGCUGGUCAUGAAUUAUAUGAAAAAGAAGAAGUUCCAUCAGGAAGUAUAGUAACAGGUGUUGGUGAAGUUUCAGGAAGAUUAUGUGUGAUUGCAGCUAAUGAUGCUACUGUUAAAGGAGGAACUUAUUAUCCUAUUACUGUUAAAAAACAUUUACGUGCUCAAGAAAUAGCAAGAGAAAAUAAAUUACCAUGUAUUUAUCUUGUUGAUUCAGGUGGUGCAAAUCUUCCAAGACAGUCAGAUAUUUUUGCUGAUAGAGAACAUUUUGGAAGAAUUUUUUACAAUCAAGCAACUAUGUCAGCUAAUGGUAUUCCACAAGUAGCUGUUGUUAUGGGAUCAUGUACAGCUGGUGGUGCUUAUGUACCAGCUAUGGCUGAUCAAUCAAUUAUUGUUAGAAAAAAUGGUACAGUAUUUUUGGGUGGACCACCAUUAGUUAAAGCAGCUACAGGAGAAGUUAUAUCAGCUGAAGAGCUUGGUGGUGCUGAUCUUCAUUGUGGUACAAGUGGUGUUACAGACUAUUAUGCUAUAAAUGACGAACAUGCUUUGACAAUGGCUAGAAAUGUUAUUGCAGGACUUCCAGAACAGAAAAGUUCAAUUAAUAUUAAUACAAAUGUUGAAGAACCACUAUAUUCAGCAGAAGAAUUGUAUGGAAUUGUUGGAACAAAUUUAAAAAAAACUUAUGAUGUUAGAGAAAUUAUUGCACGUAUUGUUGAUGGAUCACGUUUUGAUGAAUUUAAAAAGAUGUUUGGUGAAACUUUAGUAACAGGAUUUUCAAAUAUAUAUGGUAUACCAGUGGGUAUAAUUGGUAACAAUGGUGUUUUAUUUGGUGAAUCUGCUCAAAAAGGAGCUCAUUUUAUUCAAUUAUGUUGUCAAAGGAAAAUACCAUUGUUAUUUUUGCAAAAUAUUACCGGUUUCAUGGUUGGUAGAGAAGCUGAAGCUUCUGGAAUAGCUAAACAUGGUGCUAAAAUGGUUACAGCUGUUGCUUGUGCUAACGUCCCUAAAAUUACUGUUGUUGUUGGUGGAUCUUAUGGAGCAGGUAAUUAUGGUAUGUGUGGUAGAGCAUAUUCACCAAGAUUUAUGUAUAUGUGGCCAAAUGCAAGAAUUUCCGUUAUGGGUGGUGAACAAGCUGCUAAUGUCUUAGCUCAAAUACAAAGAGAUCGUGCAGAUGCUACUGGAAGUGCAUGGACAGAAGAAAUGGAGAAUAAACUAAAAAAACCUAUUAUAGAAACGUUUGAGAAAGAAGGACAUCCAUAUUUUGCAUCAGGACAUUUAUGGGAUGAUGGUGUUAUUGAUCCUAAAGAUACAAGAAAGGUUGUUGGAAUGGCUUUAAAAGCUUCUCUUAAUGCCCCUAUUCCAGACGCUAAAUUUGGUAUAUUUAGAAUGUAA